CAGGAAAUGGUCGAAGCUGUUGACAGAUAUCGAAUCCAGGCGAUAUAAAUGAAGCCGAAAAAAGAAGAGAAAGAUUUGCAGUCAGGAAAAGUAAACCAAACUUUACAUCAAAAUCUGACGGUCUCUCAAUUCAUCUGGAUCUGAAGAUUUGUAUUUCUGAAGGAUUUAAUUGACCGUCUCAGUUGGAAACCGGUGAGAGACUGUUCACCUGCUCCUGUGGGAAGGGAUUGAUACAGCUGGUAAGCAUGCUGACACGACAGCGAGCUCACAAUAGUGAGAGGCUGUUCACCUGCUCCGGGUGUGGGAAGAAUUUCAUGUGUUCAUCCAACCUGCUGGCACACCAGCUCGAUCACUUUGAUGAGAAGCCUCUUCAAUGCUCUGACUCUGGGAAAAGCCUUGAAACCUCUGAGGAACUGGUCCUACACCAGCAAGUUCAUACUGAUGAGAGACUGUUCAGCUGCUCCCACUGUGGGAAGAGGUUCAGGCUGUCCUCCCGCCUUGCGGAGCACCAGCUCCUUCACACACAUGAGAGGCCGUUCAGCUGCUCUCACUGUGGGGAGUCGUUCAGUGAGUCAGUGCAUCUCACUGAGCAACAGCAAGUUCACACCAAGGACAGGCCAUUCAGCUGCUCCCAGUGUGGGAAGAGAUUCGCUCAGUCCUCCCAUUACACUGAGCACCAGCUUGUUCACUCCGAUAAGAGACCUUUUAAAUGCUCAGAGUGUGAGAAGACCUUUAAAAGACACAGUGAACUGCUGAGACACCAGCGCACUCACACCAGCGACAGGCCAUUCACUUGCUCUGUGUGUGGGGAGAGCUUCACCCAUUCAGUCCAACUUCUGAAGCACGAGGGUGUUCACAAUGGGGAGAGACCCUUCAUCUGCUCCAUGUGUGGGAAUGGAUUCACUCGGUCAUCCAACCUUCUGGCACACCAACGGGUUCACACCGGGGAGAGGCCGUUCACCUGCUCUGACUGUGGUAAGACAUUUACUCGAUCAUUCCACCUUCUGACACACCAGCGAAUUCACACAGGGGAGAGACCGUUCACCUGCUCUGACUGUGGGCAGAGAUUCACACGGUCAUCCCACCUGGUGAGACACCAGCGAGGUCACACUGGGGAGAGGCCGUUCAUCUAUUCCACGUAUGACAAGAAAGUUCCUGAAUCCACCCUCCAACGUGUUCACUCUGAUAAGAGAACUUUUAAAUGUUCUGAAUGUGAGAAGACCUUUACAAGAAGCAAUGACCUGCUGAGACACCAGCGUAUUCACACUGGGGAGAGGCCCUUCCUCUGCUCCGAGUGUGGGAAGACAUUUGCACAUUCAUCUGAUCUGGUGAAACACCAGCGCACUCACUCUGGGGAGAGGUCAUUCCUCUGUGCCGAGUGUGGGAAGAGAUUCACUCGGUCAUCUGAUCUAGUGAGACAUCAACGCACUCACACUGGGGAGAGGCCAUUCACCUGCUCUGAGUGUGGGAAGGGAUUCACUCUGUUAGCCAACCUGCUGAGACACCGGCGAGUUCACAGUGGGGAGAGGACAUUCCUUUGCUCCGAGUGUGGGAAGAGAUUCACUCAGUCAUCCCACCUGCUGAGACACCAGCGCAUUCAUACUGAGGAGAGACCUUUUAAAUGCUCUGACUGCGGGAAGUGCUAUAAAACCUCAGGAGAACUGAUGUACCAUCAACGCGUUCACACUGAGAAAAGACCAUUCAGGUGCCCUCACUGCAGGACUGGGUUCAGGAAAUCAUCUCAACUCACUUUACACCAGCGAAUUCACACUGGGGAGAGGCCGUUCACCUGCUCCAAGUGUGGGAAGGGAUUUGCUCACUCAGGCACCCUGCUGACACACCAGCGAAUUCACACUGGGGAGAGGCCAUUCACCUGCUCCGAGUGUGGGAAGGGAUUUACUUGUUCACACCACCUGCUGAGACACCAGCAAGUUCACAGGUCACCGGCAAAGUUGGAUUUUCUUGAUUUUGCUGCUGAGAAUUACAUCCAGGACUGAACUUUUUCUCCUUUCUACCUCUAGAGUAUUUAGUUCUCAGACCUUCAGUUACUCUCACGGAAAAGUCCCAGCUCCCCAUGCCUUCCAGAGUGUCUUUCUUAGCCUUGGGAUCCAGGGAAGGCAUCUGUAAGGAUCACUAAACACAAAACUCAACCUGUUAAUCAGUUUCAGCUCCUGAACUUGGUGUGUGUCCCACAGCAUCUCUCUCACCUUCGAUGUGUGAAUGGAGCAUCAUGUCUGCAAACCUGGCUUAAAUUGAAAUCCACUCAGUAAAUGUAUUUAAUGAAACACUGUGGCUGAUGAGACAAUGUUAAGGUGCCAGCGUGCGGCUGUAUUGCUGGGUCAGCCGUGGCUCAGUGGGUAACAUUCUCAUCUCUCAAGCAGAAGGUUGUGGGAUCAAGUUCCACUUCAGCCACUCAGCACAAAAACUGAGGUUGACUCUCCAGUGCAGUACUGAGGGAGUGCCUCACUGUCAGAGAUGCUGUCUUUCAACUGAGAAUAUUACACCAAGGCCCCCACCUGGCUGCUCGGGUGGAUGUGAAAGAUCCACUGGCCUUUAAUUUGAAGAAGGGCAGGGGAGUUAUUCCUCAUGCCCCAGCCAAUAUUCAUCCCUCAGCCAAUGUGACAAACACAGAUGAUCUAGUCAUUAUCAUGUUGCUGUGUGUGGGAGCUUGCUGUGCACAAAUUGAUUGUGAUGUGUUUCCUAAAUUACAACAGUGACUGUACUUCAAAAGGAUUUCCCUGAUGUAAAGCACUUUGGGACUCCCUGAGGUGGUGAAAGGUGCUAUAUAAAUGCAAGUCUUUCUUUUCUCUGUGUUUUGCCUAUAAUGGAAAAUGCCUGAACCUUUGUCCCAGUGGAACCUUUGCUGUUAUGAAAUUUGGGUGUAUUAAUGAGCCUCACAUCCUCAUUCAUGUCUGCUGCAAUUGUGUAGAAAGGAGAUGUGUAAAGAGCUAGUCUUUGUAUGGCGAUGUGAACCAAGGAAAUGGUAUCUGUGUGUGAUAGUGACACAGCCUUGUACACACACUCAGAGCAAUGCACCGAUAUCCUUGUGGUUACUGUUUGAGCAGAGUCAUCACGAAUGUAGUGAACAAGUUAAAUAUAAAUAUCUCCAGUGUAGCUGCAGCUUGUUAGAACAGAGAUAGGGAGAAUGGGAAAUGAAAUUGAACCCAGAUAAAUGUGAUGUAGCAGAUUUUGGUCAGAACCAUAGAACACUACAACACAGAAAACAGGCCAUUUGGCCCUUCUAGUCUGUGCCGAAAUAUUAUUCCGCUAGUCCCAUUGACCUGC